GCUCACAUCACCAGUACCGACUCUCAUUUUGUAGAAGCCCCCCACAAAUGUACGCCCGUCAGCAUACCCAGAUCUUGGUGCGCAAUGAAUUCUGGGAACCGUAGUUCAGCGGCUUAAUCUGCACAGGCGCAGUAGUCCGUGGAUCCGGAGCUCGGCUCUUUGUUCUUCAGGCGACUGGAAGGAUGUCUGCCUGUCUCUUUAGGGCCCAGGUUUGGAAUGUGUGAUGGUGCUGCUGGGUCCCUCCUACUGACACUGACCUAACCCUGCAGAUCAUGUCUACCAAGAAGCCUUUGGUAGGCUCUGUAGUGACUUAGGCUGGGGGUACCAGAGACAGAGAGAUACUAUCUGUGCUGGGGAGACAGAUCGGAGCACCAGGGAAGAGGUUCCAGUUAAAGUGAUCUUGUAUUUGGUGGCUCCUGUCCCUCCUCCCCAACUUGAGCCUUGCAAGAAGGUGAAGGUGGAAGAGGAUUCCUGGGGAAGCAAGAAUGAUCUAAGAAGAUCCAUGUCAAACGUUCUGAGUGUCGGGGCAGAGACUGAUAUGUAGGAGCAGAGACUGUAGCUUUUGGGGCUGGAACAAGUCUUGAUCAUCUUGAGCAAAAUCAGAAUACUCAGGAAACAUCGAGGGCUAACUAUGGAAGACUCCGCUUUGGCUUUCUUGCUGGAAGAGAGAGUCUCAGAUAACCUCCCUGCCCACUCAUGGAGAGCUCUGCAUAUGACUACAGCUCUGCUUUCUGAAGAUUCUGCUCUUUCAGAAGAAAGGAGUCUAGAAGAAGAAGGCGUGAUGACUUCUUGGUUUCUGACAACCAGGAUGCAGGAAACAGUGACAUUCAAAGAUGUUGCUGUGGACUUCACCCAGGAGGAGUGGAAGCAGCUAGACCCUUCUCAGAAGGAUUUAUACAGGGAUGUGAUGUUGGAGAAUUACAGAAACUUGGUCUCAUUGGGACUUCCAGUUUUUAAACCAGAUGUGAUCUCUCUGCUGGAGAGAGGAGAAGCCCCCUGGAUUCCAGAAGUCCCAAGAAGCACAUGUUCAGGUUCCUUUAGUCAGGAGACUAAAUGGGAAAACAAAGACUCAACUCCAAAGCCUGGGUUUUGUAUAGGAGAGCCAUCUAAGGAACUUCGGCUCCCACAAGAUGGGUACUGGGAUUUCAAGUUGGGAUCAUCUUGGGAAUAUGAUGUUAGGUUAGAGGGGGAUGAAGACAACCAGGAAAGACAAUCUAGGCAAGUGAUAUUCAUCCCCAGAAAAACUUCUAGUAAGGUAAAUGUUAAUGAAGGUAAUACAUAUGGUUUCAGUCUGGGGUCAAUUCUUGAUCCACAACAGCUGUUUGCUACAGGAAAAAGUCUACAUCAGUGUGAUAUGCUUGAAAAAAGCUUCAAACAGUUUUCAGAGCUAAUUAAGUGGAAUAGAAUUUCCUUAGGCAAGAAGCUUUUUAAGUACAAUAAAUGUAGGAAACCCACCAGUUACCACUUGGACUUGGUUCAGUAUGAUGGAAUACGUAUUGGAGAGAAACUUUAUGAGUGUAAUGAAUGUGGGAAAGCCUUCAACUGGAUUACACACCUUACUGAACACCAGAGAAUCCAUACUGUAGAGAAGCCCUAUAAAUGUAAUGAAUGUGGGAAAGCAUUCAGCAAACACUCCUACCUUAAUCAACAUCAGAAUGUUCAUACUGGAAAGAAACCUCAUAAAUGUAAUGAAUGCGGGAAAAACUUCAGUCAGAGGGGACACCUCACUGAACAUCAGAGAAUUCAUUCUGGAGAAAAACCUUAUAAAUGUAACGAGUGUGGGAAGGCCUUUGGCCAGAAGGCCCAUCUUACUGAACAUCUGAGAAUCCACACUGGUGAGAAACCUUAUCAAUGCAGUCAGUGUAGAAAAGCUUUUAGCCAAAACUCAUCUCUUAUUCUACACCGGAGAAUUCACACUGGAGAGAGACCUUUUGAGUGUAAUGAAUGUGGAAAAGCCUUUAGCCAGAAGGGACAUCUUACACAACAUAGGCGAAUUCACACUGGAGAGAAACUCUUUGAAUGCAGUGAAUGUGGGAAGUCUUUCAGCCAUGGAUCAUCCUUUACUUAUCAUCAGAGAAUUCAUACUGGCUCAUCAAAAUCUAGUGAAACUGACAGAUGCUUGGAAACAAAGGAACCCAAGUCCAAAUCCUCUGCUAAGAGAUGCGAUAAAGAAAAUAAGGUCAGGAAGAGAACAGCCUAUAGCAAAGCACAACUUCAGGAACUGCACCAUUAUUUCAAUCAGAAUGCCUAUCUUGAGUCUUCAGAGAUGGAACAGCUAGCCAUAAAACUGGAGCUCACCUACAGUCAGGUGAAAAAAUGGUUCCAGAAUAUGAGAAUGAAGAAGAAAAGACAGAUGAUGACACCUCAGUUAGCACAGAUGUGUGACCUAUCAGUAACUGACCCCAAUAGGACUCAAGGGGUUUCCCUGCCUGCUGUUGACCAGCUCACAGUUACUUUGCAGCAAAACUCCUGGACAAAUAAUCCCACUCAUGCAAAUACAAGAUGCCUCCAGUCCUGGGAUUCCUUCUCUCCUUUACAUAAACAAGAGCAGAAGACAUCUGAGUUCCCAAAUGGCUCAUCAAAAUCUAGUGAAACUGACAGAUGCUUGGAAACAAAGGAACCCAAGUCCAAAUCCUCUGCUAAGAGAUGCGAUAAAGAAAAUAAGGUCAGGAAGAGAACAGCCUAUAGCAAAGCACAACUUCAGGAACUGCACCAUUAUUUCAAUCAGAAUGCCUAUCUUGAGUCUUCAGAGAUGGAACAGCUAGCCAUAAAACUGGAGCUCACCCACAGUCAGGUGAAAAAAUGGUUCCAGAAUAUGAGAAUGAAGAAGAAAGGACAGAUGAUGACACCUCAGUUAGCACAGGAUGGUUGUGCUAAGACUGCACCUGAGAAAAAUCCUACCUCAGCCCUUGGGGGCCCAUCCAAUGUGACUGUGGUUUCUGAGGCAAAGGAGGAGAAAAACACAAUGCACACUCCAUCCCAGGGAACCCAAGAGCUGAAUGAGGGGGUUGCUGUGGCCAGUCAGCCUUGCAAUACAACACCACCUGUUUUACCUUAA